AUGUGUAUACCUUCAAUAAAUUCAUUUUUUAGCCAAUGGAGGCUAUGGAUUCGUCCAAUGUUUAUAGCUACUUAUGUUUUAUUAGUCAUAAUAUUAGUACCGCUGUUGAUAGUUCAUUCGAUAAAUAAUGGUUUUACAAAGUCAGACCAAAGCACUUUGAUAGGAGGAGGCUUUGUUCUUCUUGCUGUGCCUAUCUCAAUAUGGCAGAUCACUCAACACAUAGUUCACUAUACAAAACCGUCUUUACAGAAACAUAUAAUUAGGAUUUUAUGGAUGGUGCCAAUCUAUGCUUUGAAUGCAUGGAUAGGAUUGGAAUUUCCUGAGCAAUCAAUUUAUAUGGAUGCAUUAAGAGAGUGUUAUGAGGCUUAUGUUAUUUACAACUUUAUGAAGUAUUUAUUUAACUACCUCAAUGAUGGUCAAGACCUCGAGGCAUUGUUGGAGACUAAACCUCAAGUUUAUCAUAUAUUUCCACUAUGCUGUUUGACACCGUGGGAGAUGGGAAGUGAGUUUGUUCACAACUGUAAGCAUGGCAUUCUUCAAUAUACCCUAAUAAGGCCUUUGACAACCGUCAUAUCAAUCAUAUGCGAUCUCAGCGGAGUUUAUGGAGAGAGUGAUUUCAGUCCUAACGUGGCUUUUCCAUAUAUAAUAGCCAUAAAUAAUUUGUCACAGUUUGUAGCUAUGUACUGUUUGGUAUUGUUCUAUCGGGCAAAUCGUGCUGAGCUAAAACCAAUGAAACCCAUUGGCAAAUUUUUAUGUAUAAAAGCUGUUGUCUUCUUCUCGUUUUUCCAAGGUGUUAUUAUCAAUAUACUGGUAUACUGUGGAGUGAUAUCUACUAUAUUUGAUAUAUCAGACAAUGACAAAAUAAAAAUUAUAUCAUCAAAAUUACAGGAUUUUCUUAUUUGCAUUGAGAUGUUCUUGGCGGCUAUCGCUCAUCACUACAGCUUCUCAUAUAAGCCAUACAUAUCACCAUUGGCUCCGACAAAUUCCUGUCUCGGUUCUUUCCUGGCGAUGUGGGAUGUGUCUGAUGUGAAGAGAGAUAUAUCUGAACAUUUGGGAGUUGUUGGGAGUUCAUUUAGUAGACGAUGGCGUGGGAAAUCUAUGUAUCAUAUGGCCAGAGGAUAUGAUGAAAGUUCUAGACUAAACGAACCAACUGCCAGUUCAGCGCCAAACAUAUCAGUUGAGAGCGUAGAACCAACUGUUGAAGUAAGGACAUCUGUGUACGGAUCCCUAGAGAACACUAUGACGACGGGUUCAUUGACCUCCGAAACAGAACCUUUGAUACGGAACGAUUCAGAUCCCAGUGUUUAA